AUGAGUAACGGAGUGACACCAAAGACCAAAUUCCCCAUUGUCCUCGGCUCUGGACUGUAUGGAAGUUAUGAUCGAUUUGAAGGAGCUCGCGUGAAGACGGUCGAAGACGCAAAGGCACUGUUUGAUAUUUUCCAGGCACAUGGUCAUACUGACAUUGAUACUUCACGAAUUUACUCUGCUGGAUCAUCUGAGGAGUAUUUGGCGGCAGCGGACUGGAAAGGACGAGGGCUCAACGUUCGCGACAAACUCUACCCGACUAAGGGAAAGCCACUGGGUCAUCUCGGACCAGCAUACAGCCUUGAACCUGCGGAUGUGCGCAAAGGGUUGAUGGACUGCCUUGAAGCUUUGAAAACAGACACACUCGAUCUUUUCAUUCUUUACGCCCCCGAUCGUAAGACACCUUUGGAAGAUACGUUGCGUGAGGUGAACAAACUGCAUCAGGAGGGAUAUUUCAGUCGGUUGGGGAUUGCCAACUACAUGUCCUGGGAAGUGGCAAAAAUUUGUGAGCUCUGUGACCGAAAUGGAUGGAUAAAGCCCGUCAUCUAUCAGAGUCUUUACAACGUUCUUUCUCGCGCAAUCGAGCCUGAAUUGAUCCCAUGUCUGCGUGCGUACGGAUUGGCUUUGCACACUGGACAACCUCUCGCUGGCGGUUUUCUCACUUCGCGAUACACUCGCGAUUUUCCUCUUACCGAGCACGAGGCCGGUUCCCGAUUCGAUCCAAAAUGCUUCCAUGGGAAGCAUCACAGAUUCCGCUACUGGAAUGAUACCAACUUUGACGCUUUGGACAUGAUCCGCGAGGUGGCCAAGAAACAUGAUCUUACUGAAGUUCAGUGUGCUAUGCGCUGGUUGACUCAUCACAGUAUGCUGAACAAAGAUUGUGGCGACGCAAUCAUCAUUUGUGGUGUAACUCCGCAACAGUUGAAGGAGGAUUUGGCGGCUUUGGAAGAAGGGCCUUUGCCGGAAGAGGUGGUUCAGGUAUUGAAUGCUGCGUAUCUCAAGGUUCGUGGUCUUGUAGGACCUUACAACCAUUAA